UUUCCUGCAGCGUCCCUUGCGGGCUGCAGGCAGAAGCUCUGGGAGUGCAGGAAGGAGCUGGAAGGUGACAGCCACAGCGACAGAGUAAAAGAUGUCCCGGGGCUGGGGGCUAGCCUAGGUGGCCACGUGCAGGGCUCAAACACAUACACACCUUGCCUGGGCGAUGCCAGAGCAAGAUCAAGUUGUUUUCUGUUGAAAGCUCAAAGCCAUCAUGGUUAUGCUGCUCUUACUGGUCACUCUGCUGCCGGCCGUCUGUAAGUUCGGUUUUGUCAGCCUGUCAGCGCUGCCACACUGGAACUGUCCCGAAGGUCCCGUGGCUGGCGACGCGAAUGCCACCUGCCUGGGUCCUGCACCCUUCUUAAUUUUCUCCCGUGGAAAUAGUAUCUUUAGGAUUGAUUUGGAAGGGACAAAUCACGAGCCAUUGGUGGCGGAUGCUGGCUCCUCGGUCAUCAUGGACUUUCAUUACAAGGAAGAAAGAAUCUAUUGGGUGGAUUUAGAAAGACAACUUUUGCAAAGAGUUUUUCUGAAUGGGUCAAGGCAAGAGAGAGUGUGCAAUGUAGAGAAAAAUGUUUCUGGAAUGGCAAUCAAUUGGAUGAAUGAAGAAGUUAUUUGGUCCAAUCAACAGGAGGGAAUCAUUACAGUAACAGAUAUGAAAGGAAAUAAUUCCCGUGUUCUUUUAAGUGCCUUAAAAUAUCCUGCCAAUAUAGCAGUUGAUCCAGUAGCAAGGUUGAUAUUCUGGUCCUCGGAGCGGCCCGGCAGCCUGCACAGAGCAGAUCUCAGCGGUGGGGAAGUGAAGACCCUCCUAGAGACGUCACAGACGAUAACAGCCAUGUCACUAGAUGUGCCCGGCAAGCAGCUCUUUUGGAUUCAGCACAACAGAGAAGGAAGCAAUUCUCAUAUCUGUUCCUGUGACUAUGAUGGGGGUUCCGUCCACCUUAGCAAAUAUCAAACCCAGCACAAUGUGUUCGCGAUGUCCCUUUUUGGUGACCGUAUCUUCUAUUCAACACGGAGAACGAAGAUCAUUUGGAUAACCAACAAACGCACUGGGAAGGACAUGGUUCGAAUUAGCCUCGAUCCAUCCUCCGUGCCACCUGGUGAACUUAAAGUGGUGCAUCCGCUCCUGCAGCCCACGGCCAAGGACAAAACUCGGGAGUCUGAGCAGAAACUUUGCAAACGGAGGAAAGAAAACUGCCCCGGCGGUGACUGCAGGGGACACCCCCAGGCUCAGCAGUGCGCGUGCGCGCAGGGAUACGCCGCGAGCCCGGACGGGCUGUCCUGCGAAGAUGUCAACGAAUGUGCCUUUUGGAAUCAUGGCUGCACUCUUGGCUGUGAGAACACCCCCGGGUCCUACUACUGCACGUGCCCUGCAGGAUUUGUUCUGCUUCCCGAUGGGAAGCGAUGUCAUCAGUAUGUUUCCUGCCCGAGCAAUGUAUCCGGCUGCAGCCAUGAUUGUGUUCUGACAUCAGACGGUCCCCUGUGUUUCUGUCCUGAAGGCUCAGUGCUUGAGACAGAUGGAAAAACGUGCAGUGGCUGUUCGUCACCUGACAAUGGUGGCUGUGGCCAGCUCUGCAUUCGUCUCAGCCCGGUGUCCUGGGAGUGUGGUUGCCUUCCUGGGUAUGACCUACAGCUGGAUAAAAAAAGCUGCGAAGCUUCAGGACCACAGCCAUUUUUGCUGUUUGCCAAUUCGCAAGACAUUCGACACAUGCAUUUCGAUGGGACAGAUUAUAGAACCCUGCUCGGCCAGCAGAUGGGAGCGGUUUUUGCUCUGGAUCAUGACCCGGUGGAGAACAAGAUGUACUUUGCCCACACGGCCCUGAAGUGGAUAGAGAGGGCCAAUCUGGAUGGCUCCCAGCGAGAGAGGCUCAUUGAGGAAGCAGUGGGUGUUCCAGAAGGUCUUGCCGUGGACUGGAUCGGCCGUAGGUUCUACUGGACAGACAGAGGGAAAUCUCUCAUUGAAGGGAGUGAUUUAAAUGGAAAACAUCGGGAAAUAAUCAUUAAGGAGAACAUUUCUCAACCUCGAGGAAUUGCUGUCCAUCCAGUGGCCGAGAGAUUAUUCUGGACUGAUAUGGGGAUUAAUCCACGAAUUGAAAGUUCUUCCCUUCAAGGCUUUGGCCGACUGAUCAUAGCCGGCUCUGAUCUACUCGAGCCCAGUGGGAUAACGAUCGACUUCUUAACCGACAAGUUGUACUGGUGCGAUGCCAAACAGUCUGUGAUUGAAAUGGCCAAUCUGGAUGGUUCAAAACGCCAAAGACUUGCCCAGAACGAUGUAGGUCACCCCUUUGCCAUCGCUGUGUUUGGGGAUCAUGUGUGGCUCUCGGAUUGGGCCCUGCCAUCGGUAAUAAGGUUGAACAAGAGGACUGGCAGAAACAGGGUGCGUCUCCGCGGCAGCAUGCUGAAGCCCUCGUCACUAGUUGUGGUUCAUCCCCUGGCAAAACCAGGUGGCAUAGCUGACGUAAGGAACCAAGUGACACCGCUGGGCACCGUCUCCGAGACUAGAGUGUCAGAAGACAACGUGACAGAAGUUCAGUACACGCUGGUUGCCGAGAUCAUGGUGUCAGACCGAGAUGCCUGUGCCCCGGCUGGCUGCAGCGUGCAUGCCUGGUGUGUUUCAGAGGGAGAGGAUGCCACGUGUCAAUGUUUGAAAGGCUUUGCAGGGGAUGGAACACUAUGCUCUGACAUAGAUGAAUGUGAGCUGGGCGUCCCAGUGUGCCCUCCCGCCUCCUCCAAGUGCAUCAACACCAAAGGUGGCUACGUCUGCCAGUGUUCGGAAGGCUACCAAGGAGAUGGGGUUCACUGUCUCGACGUUGACGAGUGCCAUCUGGGGACACACCGCUGUGGGGCAAACGCCAGUUGCACGAACACGGAGGGAGGCUAUACCUGCACGUGUGCCGGGCUCCCAUCUGCACCCGGACUGCCCUGCCCCGACUCUACUGCACCCUCUGACCUCAGGGAAGAUGGUCACUACCCCGUCCGAAAUAGCUACCCAGGGUGUCCCCCGUCCCACGAUGGGUACUGCCUCCACGAUGGCGUGUGCAUGUAUGUAGAAGCCGUGGACAGCUAUGCGUGCAACUGUGUGGUUGGCUUCGUCGGGGAGCGAUGUCAGCACCGAGACUUGAAGUGGUGGCAGCUGCGCCACGCCGGCCUGGGACGGCAGCGGAGCAUCACCGUGGUAGCCGUCUGCGUGGUGGCUCUCGUCCUGCUGCUCCUCCUGGGGCUCUGGGGGGCUCGUUACUACAGGACUCAGAAGCUGCUCUUGAAAAAUCCGAAGAACCCGUAUGAGGAGCCAAGCGGGCAUGUGAGUGGCGGCUGGCCUGCCACCAGCGCGGCUGGAAUGCCUCCUUGCCCCCAACCUUGGUUUGUGGUUAUAAAGGAAGAGCAAGACCUCGGGAAUGGAUGUCAACCUAUGGCCGGCAAGGAUGGCCAGGCAGCAGAUGGCGGCCAGUUUUCCUCCCUGGAGCCUGGGUCAGUGCAACCGACUUCGUGGAGGAAGGGGCCCCAGACGUCUGGAAUGGGCACACAGGAAGGCUGCGGAAUCCCACCAUCCGGCGACAAAGGCUCCUGUCCCCAGGUAAUGGGGCGAAGCUUUCAUCUGCCCGUCUACCGGGCACGGCCCCUUGCGGAGGGAGUUGAGAAGCCCCGUUCUUUCCUGUCACCUAACCCAUUAUGACAGCAGAGGGCCCUGGACCCGCUGUGCCACACGGAGCUGACUCAGUGAAAACUGGAAUUUAAAAGAAGGUCGAGAAGAACAAACCAUGUGGAUG